AGCUUCUUCAGGAAAACAAGUUGAGGAGAAUUCCACAAAUGAGCAGAGCCAUGAAACUUCUACCAAAACUGACCCCAAUUGGUCUCUACAACCAAGUAACAGUGUUGAUGCGGGCAGUGACCAGUUGGCAGAGUUGACUGAAAAUUUUUUUCAACAAUUGACUGUGGGAGAAGUACAUGCAGAAACUAGAUUAAGGGAAAGUGAGCAUGCAUCAAGUAGGCCUAACAUUUCUGGAAGCCUGCCAACUGAGGGAAUGUUCAAAGAGGAUCCAAGACCAGUUCCCCCUGGAGGAGCAAGCUCAAUGAAGAACCCAAUACCUCAUUCCAUGGAUCCCCCAAACCACCCUGCUGUUCGUGUCGUGUGUCAAGGUGAAUGGGUAAUUGCAAAGCAGCAAGAAAGUGGAAAACCAGCAGAAAACACUGAUCAUAACCAUAACUUUCCUGUGGAAUUUGAGGGCCAGCAAACAACAAUAAACUCAAAAAGUGAGGAAAUGAGGAAGGCAAAAGAGGACCUAGAGAAGAAAGCUAGUGAGGUGCAGGCUCUGGAAAGAAAGAUUGAGUUUCUGGAGAAGCGUGGUAAAGAAUUUGAAAAGAGGAUGCUUGAGGAAAGCAAGAGAGUAACAAAGUUAAAACAACAGUUAAAUCUCUGGAAGAGAAAGUGUAAAGAAGUAAAAGGAAAACUGGCUCAGGAAGUAAAAACAAGAAAUGAUAUUGAGGAAAGGAGCAAUGACUUAUGCAAGGAAAACAACACCUUACUUCAAAAUGCCACAUUCCUUACGAAGGAGCUAAGACAAAAGACAGAAGCACUUGAAAGGGUUUCCCUUCAGUAUGAACAAGUUCAGCAAAAUUUGCAGCAAUUUAGAGAUGAAGUCCUUAGUCGCCUUCAAGAUGCACAGACAACAAAUGAUGAGUUGAGGCAACUUUUAGAAGAAAGUGCUGCCAGAGAAUCAGAGAAGGCUGAACUGAUCAGAAAACAACAACAGAUGUACCACUGGAAGGAGGAUGAAUGUCAGAGAUUAAAAGAGCACAUUGAAGAAAAGAAUCAGCAAUACCAAAAUGCUAUAAGUGAGAUGGAAAAGCUUAAGAAAGAAACUUUAGAGUGUCGUGAGGAACUAAAAAUGGUGAUGGUAGAGCUGAACAGAGUUCUGGAAGAGAACAGUAGAAAACACCACGAAAGAUUGGAAGAAGCGUCACAAGCGUUUUUGAAAGCUGAAACUGACUCAGUGAAGGAGAUGAAAUGUAUGUUGGCUAAAGAAAAGCAGAGAGUAGAAAGAUUGAAACGAGCAAUGGCAACAUUAAAAAUCAAUGGAGUAAGGAUUAAGAAACGGAGAUUCAGAUGAAGAGGAAUGCUUUGAUUGCCAGCCUGAUAGACCAUUGGAUACUUAGUAGACAGUAGCCUCCAUUUGGUGGGAAAUAUGCUUGGAUAAUUGUCCAGGGACAUUAUCUGUUGCAAGCAGUGAACAGUUUUCUGGAAGCAUAGCUUGAUGAAAACUGUGAGCUUGGAGAAACUGAUGAUGUCCACUUGAGGAUAAAUAUAUAAGCAUAUUUUCAUGCCCAAUGGAGGCUGAUAUGUCUAUUAUCCAUCAAAUAGUUUUUUUGCAGCGCACCCAACAAAGUGUUUUACAAAGUCAAUUUACUAAUCUCAGAGUAAUCUGAUAUAAAAACAAAAUUUGCCCUUGCAUUACAACAGCAGAAUGCUCUCUUAAUUUGAAUUGAACCUUCAAUGAAGAAUUUCGUGACAUUGGACACGGUUUGAAAAUUGAGGAAUGUUACAUAGGAUUACCAAGGGGUAUUCCCAGGUUUAGCUGGGGCACAUUAGAUCAUGACAUGUUAAAACCAAUGGUGCACAAGGAAAAAUAUUUGAUGGAUGAUAAGAAUAGAUAACAAGGAAACCAAUGAUGUUACAGUGUACCAGGGGACACCAAGGCACACUUCAACCUACGUAUCUCUUGCCUUCUCUUGUUACUUUUAACCACUAUAGCUCUUUUUUAGUAGGUUUUUAUGGUAACCGUUGUAAUACUUGGUACGUGAAAUGAAAGAUAACAUCUGCUAAAGAUGAAAUCUUAGAGAUUUUAAAAAGUAUCACUUGCUUCCUAUUAGAGUGUAAAGAAGCAUUUUAUUUUUCAUAUAUAUUAAUAUCAUGAAAUAUUCCAUAGGCAAUUAAGAAUGUAAUAGAUAAGAUAUAUAUUGUAGAUUGUUAUCAGUCUUUGGCGUUAUGGCGCUUUUUGCCGGCCAAAAUGAAGAAUUAGGCCCGUUUGCAUGAAUUUGCAUGCUGUUUUGUUGUCACUUUUUCCGUUUUUGCUUUCCUGAAAGUGGUAAUAAUAGUAAUACAGUGUAUACUAUUGGGUAUUAAUAUGUUUUGUACCCUUUUAUCUUAGAGCUCAUUUUAACCCUGGCCUCGCUCGGGGCUUGGGCUUAACUCUUAACGGGGGCCAAUUUACAAUUUCAACUUAGUUGAUAUAACCAAAUCGUCCUGCACCUAGUUUUUUUUUUUAAUUCGUUGCUCUUAGUCCUCUGUCGUAACUUGCUCCUGCCAUAAUAUCCUCCUGGUUAGCUCAAUGAAUAGAGCCCCGGACUGUUGAGCGGGAGGUCGAGGGUUCGAGCCCCGGCCGGACCAACA